GGCAAAUACGUCAAGUGCUAAGAUAGAGCUUAUUUCAUUUGGUAUACCUAUUACUACGUAAGGAAAAGUGUAAUUACUUAUCAAAGGUCAAUAAAAUAUUGAAUUCCUUAUAAACUAAAUAGUUUGAAUGAAACAUAACUUUGUAAACCGUUGAGUGCAGUAUCCACAAAUUUCGACUACUGCGUAAUUCAACCUAAAGGGGAGAUAAUUGCGGCGAUAAAAACGUGGAUAAUCAAUUACUGUUAAAUGCUAGUGCAGAAACUGCAUGUAAUCUUAUAGUGGAAGGUCGUGCAGCUGCCUAACAAGGUCAAAAUAAAGUGCUAACACAAAAUGGGUAACAAAUCUUCGUUACUGUUGCGAGAAGAAGAAAUUGCACAAAUACAAGAAGAAACCGGAUUCACACCAAACCAAAUUGAGCGUCUUUACUCGCGAUUCACAUCGCUAGACAAGAAUGACUGCGGAACUCUCUCACGCGAUGACUUCCUACGCAUCCCCGAGCUCGCCAUCAAUCCGCUCAGUGAACGAAUUGUCCAUUCCUUCUUCGCUGAGAGCCACGAUGAUAGAGUCAACUUCCUGCAGUUCAUGAGGGUGCUGUCACAUUUCCGGCCCAUAAGGAAGAAUAGGGAAAACAAAUUAAAUAGCCGUGAAGAGAAACUACGAUUUGCAUUCUCAAUGUAUGAUUUGGACAAUGAUGGCAAAAUAUCCCGGGACGAGCUUCUGGCAAUUCUACAUAUGAUGGUUGGAGCUAAUAUAAGUGAAGAACAACUAUCCAGCAUAGCAGAACGGACGAUUCUGGAAGCUGACACCAACAAUGACCAGAUGAUCUCCUUUGAAGAGUUCUGCCGUGCCCUGGAGAGGACAGAUGUGGAGCAGAAGAUGUCCAUCCGGUUCCUCAAUUGACCUCCAAACUCCUGAACCAGAUACAUCAAGUAUAUUCUGACCAUCAUACUUGGGCUCCUAAUCUAUGGGCUUCUUACUAAAAAAUGAGUUUGGACUUUAAUGUGCUAUAAAUUUAAUUUACGUCGGCAAAUUAGAAGACACAGUCAACUCUCAUGCUGUCUCUGUUUACAAAUUUAAGAAUAACAAAGCAAAGCAGAGACAUCUUAAUUUUUAAUUAAAAAAAUAGUUUGUCUUUAGUCAGAUAAGUGUAUAAAAAAAAUAUUUUCUAUAUUAUUUUCUCAGUCUUAGAUCAGUAAACAUUGUGGACUAAUUUGAAAUUAUACCAAAUUAUGUUAAACAUCUUUUUGUAAAAAAGAAUAUUACAUUUUGUCAAUUUCUUGCUUCAAUUUUUGAUAGCAUGAGGGUUGAAAAUAUUUUCUCUUUAUUUAUGUCUCUUAUAAUAUUCUGUUUUGACAUUGAUGUUGUUUAGUUGGUACAUGGUAGAAUAGAGCCGUUACUGGUCUGGUAGGUAGGUAUAUGAUAUUAAUAUAAUAAGAAUAAAAUCUAUGUCACGCUAAACAUUAUUAUAAUAAUUGUUUUGACGCAAAAAUUGGAAUAUCCAAUUGCUUUGUUUGUAAAUUAACUUUUCAACGUGUGUGACACGUGUAUUUAUUGGUGCGUUACUAAAAUAUAUAUGUAUAUACAAUAUUUUUAGUUUUUUACAUAAUUUGCCAUAUGAUAUAUAUUUAAUACUAGAGGCCGCCCGCGACUUCGUCCGCAUGGAAACCCUAUCAAUCCCGCGGGAACUCUGGGAUAAAAAGUAGCCUAUGUGUUAUUCUGGGUCUUCAGCUACCUACAUACCAAAUUUCAUGGUAAUCGGUUCAGUAGUUUUUGCGUGAAAGAGUAACAAACAUCCAUACAUCCAUACAAACUUUCGCCUUUAUAAUAGUAGUAGGAUUCGUAAACAGGUCCGAAUUUCGUCAGCAUUUACGGAUAGAUACAGUUUUACGGUAGCAUGCUUAUUAUCGCAAGAAAUUAAUGUUUGCAUUUAGGUAAUGCUAUAGGUGGUAGUAAUUCUAGAAAUAUACAGAUACAAGGCACAAGGAUAUUGUGGCAUUAUGAUCCAACUGGUUUCGUCAAUCGUUCAAUAAAUCCGUUCCGUUUAGUUACUUCUUCAAAAGUUGACUGUUGGUGUGUCAGUAACUAUCAUUGUGUUUGUUAGUGGUAUUGUUUGUGUGACUUAAAUGUACUGAAAAUAGAUAAAUUGUAUUAAUGUACUGGAGGUAUGGUAAUGGUGAUAAAUUAUAUAGUACAUGUGUUAUAAACGGUUUACGCAUUCGAAUACAUUCAAGUGGAAAUAUAAUAUGGUCAUAUUGGUCAUCCAUUAAUUUUCGAGGAGGCAUACCCAUUUUCGAAUUUCUACAAUGUCACCAGACUCUUUCGUAAGCGUUGUAGACCUGUCUUGCCCCAGGGACGACGCAACCAGCGGAGUUAUACACGAACGUUGAUAUAAUAAGUGCUGAACGUGGCCUAUCAGUCUUUUUGGGACUGUUGGCUCUGUCUACCCCGCAAGGGAUAUAGACGUGACUAUAUAUAUGUAUGUAUGUUGUAUAAUGUCAAAAUUUUCCCUCUACAUUUUCGGUAAACCCCAUUUUAAGAAAUAAAGAAGUAAAGAUAUAUGGCGAUGAUAAAUUAAACCACACCAUCCGAUAAAAUUGAGAAUGAACGAAUCGAUUAAUCAUUUGCAAUAAGUCAGGAAAGUGUAAUUGAAAUAAGCCUUACUACUGAAAGGUCAUAUGGGCAACAAAGGUCAUUUACCUCGUAUAGGCACAUCGCGUAUGGUCUGCGUAUACCGCAACACACAUAUGACAUAAUAAAGUUCGUGAGGAACCCCGCAACACAUACACCAAGAGGAUGGAAGAUCCGUACGAAUUAACCUUUCAUACAUACAGAACUGCUGGGUAUUUUUAUUUUUUGUAUAUUUUUUAUUAGAAGUAAACAAUAAAACCCUAAUUUAGCUAGGGUGACAAUUUAGGUGUCAUAUUUGAUUAUGCGUUUAAGGGUAUACAAACAAAUGUUACCAAUAUUUUGCAAAUAGUUAAGAGUAACUUAAGUUGUAUUUAUUUAAGGUAGCGUGUUGUUAAUUCCAAAUAAAAAUAUUUUCUUAUAUAUAAAUUCAGAUUUUUAUUUACGAUUUACAAAGGAAUCAAUAAAGUGUGUUCUUAUUUAAUACCUUUAAUUUCAAGAACUGUUACAAGUCUGAAAUAAUUCCGAACUGUACAUAGAUUAAAAAGUUGAAAAAGAAAGUAAAAUAUGCGUUCUUCUUAUAAAUAAAUAUUGGAUAAUUAUAUAAACAUUUCAAUAUAAUUAAUUUACAGUGUUAUUCCGUAAAAAGUGUUUGUUAUCAAUCUUUCGUAUUUGUCUGCAAUUGGUACAUCAUAAUGGUUCCAUAUUUAUAAGUAAUUCCAUCUAGUUCUAAGGACAGACGUAAUCAUUAAAACGAUGUACCUAUAAUAAUUCUUAAUUUAACUGUCCACUCGACUGUCUGUUUUUGUAGACAAACAUUGGUUGUCCUAAUCUUUAUAGAUUCUGUCAGCAUUUAACGCUUCUAUUAAGCUUCUGUGGUUUAGUGGAGCAAUUGACACAUUUUUUUGCGAUUAACGUUCGAUAAUCUAUUUCUAAAGCAGUAAUAAAUGCCAGGAACUAGUCCAUACAGACAGAUAACGAAAUGUAUGAUAAAGUGUAUU